AAUGAUUUCGAUCUCCCUUUUUAAUAUCUCUGCGAUCUACCAGACUGUUCACACAAUCCCCAAUCCUUCAUUAGAGAUCUGAAGUAGAAGAAGAAAGCAAUGGAUGCUCAGUAUCAGAACUUACCUCCUCUCAAACGAUUGAGAUUGAUGCAGCGAGAUCUCGAGCUUGCGCACCAGCAGCAGCAGAAGCUACCGAGCCAACCUGAGGUGAAGCCGUCGCAGUUGCCGGGGAAGAAGAGGAAGCAUUCUCGUGUUGAUUACGAUGAAGACUGCGAGAACUCCGCCCCCGCUUACCGUUGUCUCCCGGCGAAGAAGAGGAUCUGGGCGUUCGAUCCAGAUCUGCUCACCGGUACUCCCUUUUCACCUUUCGAUCUGAAUGUUGAGUAUACGCCUUGUGUAGACGAGGGCGGAAUCGAGAAGGAGAAGAAGAAGCAUCCACCUCCAUUGGUUGAAUCGAAUCCACAAGAAGAGGAUGAUAAAGAGAAUAUUGAUCCUCUAGGGGAAGAAAAAGCUUUAGAUCUCUCCGAUUCGAUACCUGAAGACGAAGAUGGUAUCAUGUGUGCUGUAUGUCAAAGCACAGAUGGCGAUCCCUCAAAUCCAAUCGUCUUCUGCGACGGUUGCGACUUAAUGGUCCACGCUUCGUGUUAUGGUAGCCCUCUGGUUAAAGCCAUACCAGAAGGUGAUUGGUUUUGCAGUCUAUGUACUGAGUCAACGUCAUUGAAGAAGAGAGAGAAGCCUUUCUCUUGCUGCUUGUGUACGACCAAAGGUGGAGCCAUGAAGCCCACUAAGGAUGGUCGUUGGGCUCACAUCACUUGCUCGCUGUUCGUGCCGGAGGUCUACUUUGAGGAUCCUGAAGGAAGGGAAGGGAUUUGUUGCAGCGAGAUUCCGAGUAAGAGGUGGAAAGAGAGGUGUUAUUUGUGCAAGGUUAGACGCGGGUGUGUUAUCGAGUGUUCGGAGAUGAAGUGUGAGCUGGCUUUUCAUGUUACUUGUGGGUUGAAGGAAGAUCUUUGCAUUGAGUACCGUGAAGGCAAGAGGAGUGGUGGUAUUGUUGUUGGUUUCUGCAGUGAGCAUACUAAACUUUGGGAAAGGCAACAGGAGAGUGGAAAGUACAAGAUUGUUGCCAGAGAUUAAGAUAACAAGUAGCAGAAUACUGGAAGGCCAACUCUGAGAAGCCUCAUUUGAUGUUUUGAUUGUUUUAUAAAAUUUUUUCUUUCUUAUUUCAUAGUUAUCUGAUCGGUGACUAGCUGGUUCUCCAUUCUUGUCAAGUUUGUGUUUUUUUCUUUUUCUGGAGUCUAUGUCAUGUUCUGUGUUGGCUUGUUUUAAGCUGCACAAGGCUAAAACUUGGUCAAUCUAUUUAUACCUCGUUGUAUCUUUUCUCGUUUAUGUCAUAAUAACAUUUUCUUUUGGAAGAUGGA